AUGUGCCUGAAGCUGUGUUCAGAGUUGGAACAAAAAUUGAAAGAUGUUGAUGACUAUAAACAAAACAUGUACAACUUCACCAAACUGGUCAUAACAGAAAAAGAAUCACUAUCAGACCUAAAAGAACAAAUAAAAUACACAGACAGUCAACAAAACAAAACGGAAGAAUACAAUAUUGAAAAGCAAAAGGCAAAAUUGCUUGAGGAAAAACUGAACAUGGAAAAAGAAAGAGAGAUGUUGAACCAAGAGAAAGUGCAGCUUGAACAGAUGAGGAAAGAUGUCUACAGUAUCGUGCGCUGGGUUCAAAGUUCAGUAUUCUUAAGGCAAACUGAAAAGAAUAAUCUUGUAAUUCAUUCAAAAGACCUAGAAAUUAACAAACAAAAUGCACAUCAUAUUCUGAAAGAACUAAACAAAGAAAAAGAUCAGAUUCACAAAAUGAAAAUGGAUCUUCGAACAACAAAAGGUAAAAUUGAAAGUCUAGUCAAGAAUUUAUCAGAUGAAAAAAUGCAAUUGCACACAUGGAGACAAGAGACUCAAGUUCAAACAGAUGCAAUCAGAACAGAGAAACAAGAACUUAAACAAAUGAGGGUCACUAUGGACUUGGAAAGACUGAGGCUAGAUGAUGAAAAACAAAGGAUGCGAAAGGACAUUAUUGAACUGAAAGCCAGAGAAGAACUGGUGGUGAGCAGGUUCAAAGUGGUUUCGGACAAAGUCAAGUUUCUUAUUGAGAGAAAAAUUAAAGAUAUCAACGAAAUUAAUAAGAAACUUGAACAUCAGACUCAAGAAAUCCAAACUAUUUGCAAUGAACUGACUGAAAAACAGGAAGAGGUUCAUCCAAGAAAGGGACCGGUUGUUGAGUCAUGUAUUUAAAACGGAAAUUGGUCCAC